AUGAUCGCCUUCCGUAACACCAUCAUCUUGGUGGUCGUCAUCUCUCUCUUCACCUUCAUAGCCCUCUUCGGUCGACUCCCAGCUCUGCGCAAAACACCCAUCGGCUUCAGUCACAGGCUUCUGUGUAUCUACAUUCCCAAUGCCUUCCGACGAGUUGAUACUCGCUAUACCGGCGGCCGAAUGAACGCCGGCCUCGCACGACUGACCAACUACCUCUUCCACCAGAAGAACCCUCUCGUCUUGCUCCUGUUCCUCACUCUCUUGACAGGCAGUGCACUUCUCUUCCUCCGUGCCGCUCUCCCCCAUCUGGAUUCCACCAAGAUCAUACCGAUCCCCUUCGUUUUGCUAGCCCCCUACACCUUCACCUACCUCUGCGUCACGAGCAAGACCGACUACCUCAACCCAGUCAAUCAUGCGUCCGCAAUGCGCCAAUAUCCCUACGAUCACAUACUCUUCCGACCCGACAACCUCUGCCGUACCUGCAACUUUGUCAAGCCUGCAAGAAGCAAGCACUGCUCUCUGUGCGGCGUAUGUGUAGCAAGAUGCGAUCACCACUGUGCAUGGAUAAACAACUGUGUUGGAAGACACAACUACCGCUAUUUUCUGCUCCUGCUCUUCAGUAUUGGCAUCGUCGAACUCUAUGGUGCAUACUUGUCCUGGUCUGUCUUGUCACCCCAUCUACAUCUUGGUCACUCGAGCUACGGCUGGUUUGAAAAACAAUACUGGGCAGAGUUGGGCAAUGCUUUCGUCUUUGCUAUGAGCAUUGGCGGCAUCAGUGUUGCUGGUGUUGGUCUCCUCGCCAUCACUACCAUGCCCCUACCCUUCGCUCUCUUUGCAUACCAUCUCUAUCUUAUUUGGGCAGGCAUGACCACAAAUGAGAGUGCCAAGUGGUCCGAUUGGCGGGACGACAUGGCAGAUGGUGUCGCAUGGAUUGGGAAGCGCAGCGUGGUGGAAGCCCAUAACAAGGAGCGAAAAGCACGUCAGUUGCGGAAUCGAAACAGAAUGAGUGGACUGGCCGGUCCCGUGUCGGACUCUGAAGAACCCGAGGAGGAAUAUGUGCCCUGGCCCAAGCACAGUGAUCAGAUUCUCGUCAGCACGACAGACGGAAAGGCUCCCACAGGACAGGAACAACUCUGGGAAAGAUGUACAAGUCUCGAUAUGGUGGACAAUAUCUACGACCUCGGCUUCUGGGACAAUUUUGUCGCCGUAAUGUCCGGCAAGUAA